AUGGCCACACCAGCUCCCCCCGAGGACCAGGCUCGUCUGCUCGAAGAUGCUCUCGUUGCCGUGCGUCAGCAGACGUCCCUGAUGCGCAAAUGCCUCGACACGCCUGGCAAGCUGAUGGAUGCGCUCAAAUGCUGCUCGACUCUAGUUUCUGAGCUUCGCACCAGCAGUCUCGGUCCCAAGCAGUACUACGAGCUGUACAUGUCGGUAUUUGAUGCCUUGCGCUAUUUGUCCGUUCACCUUCGCGAAAACCACCCUGUCAACCACCUAGCCGACCUCUACGAGCUUGUUCAGUAUGCCGGCAAUAUCGUUCCACGAUUGUAUCUCAUGAUUACCGUGGGAACGGCAUACAUGGCCAUUGAGGAUGCGCCUGUCAAGGAGCUUAUGAAGGAUAUGAUGGACAUGAGCCGAGGUGUUCAACACCCUAUUCGUGGACUCUUCCUCCGAUAUUACCUGUCCGGUCAAGCGAGAGACUUCCUGCCGAUAACCGAGAGCGAUGGCCCUGAAGGCAAUAUUAGCGAUUCCAUCAACUUUGUGCUUACGAAUUUCGUCGAGAUGAACAAGCUGUGGGUUCGACUACAACAUCAAGGCCAUUCGAGAGAACGCGAACAGAGGAUUCGGGAGCGAAAGGAGCUGCAGCUCCUAGUUGGCAGCAACAUUGUUCGCCUAAGUCAACUCGUUGACCUCGAGACGUACAAGUCUAGCAUUCUGGCACCUCUGCUAGAACAGGUGGUUCAAUGUCGGGACGUUCUCGCCCAAGAGUAUCUCCUUGAGGUGAUUACGCAAGUUUUCCCAGACGAAUUCCACCUGCACACCUUGGACCAGUUCCUUGGUGCCGUUUCCCGGCUCAACCCUCACGUCAAUGUCAAGGCUAUUGUUAUUGGAUUGAUGGACCGACUAUCCGAGUAUGCCGAGCGCGAUGGGCCAGAGGAGAAGUCAGAUGACAGAGCCCAAAUUGAGGCGGAUGCUCUCGCAAAACUACUGGAGAGGGUCAACCUUCAGAAGGAAACAAAGUCGGAAUCACCUUCAGGAUCUAAGCCUACUGAGGCGGAUGAUAACUCGGCCGAGCCCUCUGAGUCCUCCGAGUCUGCAGAUGGUGACGAGACACCUGAGAGCGAGGGCGAAACAACGGCCAAAACCACUGAUGAGACUGCUGAUGAAGCUGCAGGUGAGAGCAGUACCGACGAUUCCAGCACACUCGCCGAGUCUACGCCUUCAGUUGCGGAUACAGAAACAACUGCCGUCAACGGACAAAACUCCAUCACAGACAGUGUACAGCUCUACGAGGUGUUCUUCGCUCAAGUCAAGAACUUGGUUGAGGCCCAGCAUCUCCCUGUGCCCGACAUUAUUGCUCUUUUGGUGUCACUUUGCAAUCUUGCCCUUAACAUUUAUCCCGACAGGCUGGAUUAUGUCGACCAAAUUCUAGCUUACGCAACCACAAAGGUUCGAGAGAACAUCAACAACGCCGAUCUUCACUCGCCGCCUGCUCAGCAGAGCCUGCUUGCUCUUCUACAAGCACCCCUUAACCGAUAUGUUUCCACGUUCACUGCUUUAUCUCUCCCAACCUACGUUCCUCUUUUCCAGUCGCAAUCAUACCCCACCCGUCGCGCCGUUGCUGGUGGCGUCGCUCGUACUUUGCUCAAAAACCAGACCAAGAUCUCGACUACUGAACAGCUCGAGAACGUACUGGAGGUGCUGAAAGUUCUAAUUAAAGAGGGCUCCCAGGCACCUCAAGGAUAUCCAGGUGUUGCUCAGAGGCGUCCUGUGGAGACGGACGAGACAAUGGAGGAGCAGGGAUGGCUCGCCAGGAUCGUGCAUUUGCUGCAGGCCGAGGAUAAUGAUACUCAGUUCAAGCUGCUUCAAAUGACGAGAAAGGCUUACUCGGACGGAAACGAGCGUAUUCGCACGACCACACCACCUCUUAUCACAGCAUGCAUGAAGCUGGCGAAGAAGUUCAAGCAGCGUGAGCACCUCGACGAUAACUGGGAGACACAGAGUAAUGCUCUGUUCAAGUUUAUGCACUCAGCGCUCAGCACGUUGUAUACCCGCGUUAAUGGCUCUGGGGCCGCGGAGAUGGCUCUGCGCCUUUUCGCCUCUGCAGGCCAAACAGCUGAUCAAGCUGGAUUCGAGGAGGUUGCAUAUGAAUUCUUCGCACAGGCUUUCACGGUAUACGAAGAGGCUGUCUCGGACUCGAAAGCUCAGUUCCAGGCUGUCUGUCUAAUUGCCACUGCUCUCCAUCAGACACGUAACUUUGGCAAAGAGAACUACGACACACUUAUUACCAAAUGCGCACAGCACGGAAGCAAGCUGCUGCGCAAGCCUGAUCAAUGUCGCGCUGUUUACCUGGCCAGUCACUUGUGGUGGGCAACCCCUGUUGUCUCCAAUGGCGAGUCGGAAGAAACAGAGCUUUACCGUGAUGGCAAGCGUGUACUCGAAUGCCUUCAGCGCGCUCUUCGCGUAGCUGACUCCUGUAUGGAAACUGCUACAUCGAUUGAGCUUUUUGUUGAGAUCUUGGACCGUUAUGUGUACUACUUUGAUCAACAGAACGAAUCGGUUACAACUAAGUAUCUUAACGGCCUUAUCGAGCUUAUUCACUCCAAUCUGGCAGGAAACCAGCAAGACUCAGCGUCAGUUGAGAACAGUCGCCGGCACUUCCAUCAGACAUUGGAGAAUAUCCGUAGUCGACAGUAUGAGGGCAUUGUGCUGACACCAAACUGA